AUGCGUGACCCCCCCACACCCCCGUGUCCCGAGAGAGAGAGCGCGUGCGUCCCCAUCAGUUUGCCAACUGUGGCUGUGCAACACGCAGCCCAGCUGAUCGCCUGGCUGGUUGGCUGGAUGAUUGGCAUUGCUCUGGGUGUGAUAAUGGCCGGGCUGAUCUCCCAGCUCUUCUUUGCUAAGCGCCCCCCUUACCACGAUCACUGCGAGACCACCGGCUGUCGCACGUGGCCCAGGGUCCGCACGGACACCGUCCCCAACGACUUGACCGGGCUUUCGGCUAAAGCUUGGUGCGUCCCCCACUCGAUCCAGGAGUCCAGUGUCUCCGCUCUGCUCGAUAAUUUCCUGGUCAGAGCCUUUCUGGUGGCCUUCCUCAUCAUUCUCAUGGUCCUCUUCUUCAACUUCCUGAAGAAACGAAAGGUCUCGUGCAUGUUAAGGAAAAUGUGGGACAAGUACGCGGGGUACCUAAAGAUCGGACCCUCCAUGGACAAGAACUAUCUGAAGAAGGAGAAGAAGAGGAGAGAGAUCAAGCGUUUCCGCAGAGGGUUGGCCAUCCAGGAGAAGAUCAUGAGGAAGCUGCAACAGAUGGAGAUGAAAAUCCGGGAUAUGGAAGACAUGAUUAUGAAGUUUGCCAAGAAAAUGACUCGCCGAGUGACGGAGUCCGAGUGCACGAGCCGGUCGUCCAGUUGUAUCUGUUCGAGAUGCCACACGCCAAGCCCCUUCAGCACCGAGAUGGACUCCCACCCCACCACUGAGAGAGAGAGAGAGGACAGGAUAUGCUGACGCACGACGCACGCACGAACACACAUCCACCAAAAAAAAAACCUUUCUGAUAGAGAAAAUUAUAAAGUAUAAUUUACCUAUUGUAUGACAAU